UGGAGACGGCGCAUAUGCGCCAACAUGGCUGAUGAAAUGGCAAAAGCGCAGGCUGCGCAACCGGGCGGAGACACGAUAUUUGGUAAAAUUAUACGCAAAGAGAUCCCUGUACAACUACUCUACGAAGACGACAAGUGUGUGGCCUUCCCGGAUAUUUCUCCCCAAGCUCCCACUCACAUCCUCGUUGUCCCAAAAAAGCCAAUUGUUCAGCUGUCCAAAGCGGAGGAAUGCGAUGCCGAGCUGCUGGGCCACAUGAUGCUAGUUGCAAAGAAGUGCGCUGAAGAUGCGGGGUUGUCGAGCGGCUACAGGAUCGUCGUCAACGACGGGCCGGACGGAGGCCAGUCCGUCUACCACAUCCACAUCCACGUCCUGGGGGGACGCGUAAUGAAGUGGCCCCCCGGUUAACCCCCCCCCCCCCCCGUCUCUCAGCUCACACCAGUGUCUUCACCGUCCACUAAAACAGUUUGUCGUUGGAAAUACAAAACAAAAACUUGGUAAUUCAGCAAUGAUAAUAAAAUGCACUUCACAACAA